GUUCCAGCGGCAUGAAAUCCGCCAACGAAUCCGACUGGGAGCCGUUGCUCGAAGCACCGGCAGACGGCAGCCGAUCGAAGGCCAAGUCAUCGAAUCGGCGUCAAUCGAGCGGUGGUACCGGUGGCAGUGGACCCACCUGCACCGCCAAUAGACGGGAAACCAAGGGAAUACACCAGGAAAAAUGCGGCCGCAUCCGGUUGGCCGUGCUGGUGGUUCUCGUCUUCGUCACCUUCUACGUGUCGCUGUCGACGAUCACGAUCCGACCGGUGAUGCACCAGAUGGUCGUCAACAUCCCGGACGAUGACGAAGAUCUUCCGGGACCAAGAGGCCUAGCCUCCCCAAAUGUAGUAUUAGAACGCACAACCAACCGAAUCAUUCCAAUUAUUCCCCAAACCUCUUGGACCAAUCGGCGGACAACCAUCGUCGACAACAACAACAACCAAAAAAUCAACACCAACACCACCACAGUGCCAAAGGGCUACCUGGUGUGGGGACCAGGCUGCAAGAUACUGGAUCUUGAUCCGCUGGCCGACGACGUCAUGCGGUUGUUUCACAAGGAGCAGUUCGUGCCCUGUUCUACCAAACGACCGCUCACGACGUUGGAUCAGUCAUUCGACAACGACACGGUGUGGCUGCGCUUCCACUGGAAGCGAGUCCCGGAACACCUGCCGCACUACAUGAAGUACAUCACCUGCUGCUACCAGAGCAUCCAACGAUCCGGCACCAACGAAAAGGCUGACAAAAACUUUAACUUAAGUGAAUGUAAAUAUUUCUCCCACGACAUCCAACUGCCGCCGAACGUAACCGACGGGGUGAUGGUUCGCUGCAAGGGUAGCGUAUGGAAAAACAGCAAAGUACAGAAAGCGGUCUACACCAACACCCACGCCUUCAUCCGGAAGAAACCGGCCGUACAGGAACGGCUGGAUCGGUACCGGGAAAGCUACAAACAGCGGCCGAUGAGCGUAUUGAUGAUCGGCAUCGACAGCAUAUCCCGGUUGAACUUGAUACGUGCCAUGCCGAAUACGGCCCAGCAUCUAUACGAUACCGGUUGGUUCGAACUCAAGGGAUACAAUAAGAUUGACGAUAACACCUACCCUAACCUGAUGGCCAUACUUACGGGAUACAACAAUACUCUGGCGUACGACCUAUGCAAUCCACGGAAGGUCGGGCAGCUGGAGACCUGCCCGUUCAUGUGGAACUAUUUCGCCGACAGUGGCUACGUUACGGCGUACGCUGAAGAUGAGGCCAGCAUAAGUACCUUCAACUACCACAAAUUCGGCUUUUCGAAACAACCCACGGAUUACUACCAAAGGCCGAUGGCUCUGGCAGCGGAGAAAAAUCUUAUCAAAAAGACGAAGAACUCACUCACGUUCUGUUUGGGCUAUCAGAACUAUGCCGACUUCAUCUACCAGUACGCUUUGGACUUUGCGACGUUCUACAAAGAUGAGCCAAGCUUCGGCUUGUUCUGGACGAAUACGUUCAGCCACAACGAUAUUAGCGAUCCAUCGUCGAUGGAUCUUAGGAUUAAGAACUACCUCGAACAGCUCGAAAGCAAUGGGGUGUUGAACAACAGCAUGGUGGUGUUCUUCAGUGAUCACGGACUCCGAUUCGGAGCUGUGCGAUCGCUGUUAACCGGUUGGCUCGAAGAGCGACUACCUUUUAUGUUUAUAUGGUUACCCGAAUGGUUCAAAGAACAACAUCCGGACAUAGUCCAGGCGCUAAAGAUAAACAGGAAUCGUUUGACGAAUCCCUACGAUCUACACGUAACUCUCAAACACGUUCUCGAACUUUCGGAACGUAUCGAUAACCUUCCACCGCCGUUGAGCUGUCCGACAUGCCAGACUCUUUUCCAGGAAGUUCCUUGGAAUCGGUCCUGCGAGGAGUCCUCGAUUGCACCACAUUGGUGUACCUGUUCGGAGUUCGAAAAAGUGGACAAGAGUUCCAAAAUUGUGCAUAACGCGGUUCAGUUUGUGAUCGAUUACAUCAACGAAGAUCUCGGUAACCAACAGAAAAAUUUGACCAAAAAAUUGUGUGCCAAGUUACAGCUUAAGUCGAUAGGGUUGGCUAAGAUCGCGCGGUAUCCGAACGCCGAGGUACCCCACAACGAUUAUCUGCUGAUCUUCGAUGGGAAACCCGGCAGCGGGAAGUUCGAAUCGACUGUGCGAUACUACAUCGACAAGGCCAAGUUCGAGAUCACCGGAUCGAUCAGCCGGUUGAACGAAUACGCUAGUCAGAGUGAGUGUAUGCAUGUAGAUUACCUGAGAAAGUAUUGCUAUUGCUUGAGACGGAAAGGAGGUUAACAACGAGAUCGUUCGCUUCAGGUGCAAUGCUGCGGUUAAUGUGACAAUAAAUGUAAUAUUACUUCAGAGUGAACGAUCUUGUGUACCGUCGAAUGGUUUGUGUAAUGCAAAUUUUAUCCAAAGUGAUCCAUCCAAUAUGUUCAGAUUUUUUACCUUUAUAUUCUUUUUAAAACCGUCUGUUUAUAAUUGAACCAUAACUACUUAUACUCGAAACUUUUAAGAACUAUCUCAUGAAAACAGUCCAACAAUUCGCGUUACCUACCUUUUAAUCCAUUCGAAAGACAACUCUCUAUGCAAAGAUCAACCCCAAUGCCAAUGGAAGACGGCCGUUGAAAAUAGGAUCUUUUUCGUAUUUGAAAAUUUUGUCACAACCAUUAAAAUUUAAAAAAAAAAGACCUGAACUAGAGAUUUUCGCCUUAUUUCCUGUUUCGGAAAAUCAAAAGGAGAAAAAUCUAGGUUUGAUUCCAUCAAAAAGUUUUAGAAAUUUUUCUCUUUACUUUUAUUUUAUUUGUGAUAAACUGUUUGAAAUGCUUGAUCGAAAAUGAAAAUUGUUAUACUCACUAGCGAUUUUUUAGAAACUGAAUUCAAAUUGUGGACUGAAUACUAACCAUCUAACCCGAAAUUUUAUUCCGAAGUUGAAUCAUAAUUCUGUGUUUUGAUUUCUGAGCUUACAAUUCUGAGUUCGGAAUUUUGAAUUCUGAAUUCAGUGUUUUGAAUUCCGAGUUCUAAGUUCUGCGUUCUGAAUUCCAAGUUCUAAAUUCUGGGUUCUAAUUUCUGACACUUGAGUUCUGAGUUCUAAUUUUGAAUUCCACGAUCUAAUAUGAGUUAUGAGUUCUGAUUUCAGAGCUCUAAAUUUGGAUUUCUGUAAUAUGAGUUCAGAACUUUGCAUUCGGAAUUAUGACGAUGAAUUCUCCGCUCCAAAUUCGGAGUUCUGAAUAAUGACUCUGAGUUCUGAAUUCUGGGUUAUGACUUCAGAGUUCUGAAAAACAAUAUUUCAUAUUAUUGAUUCUGAGUACUUAGUCCUGAAUUCUGAGUUUAGAAAUCUGGUUUCUGUUUUUUUUUUUGUUCUAAUAUCUGAGUUCUGGUUUCUGAGCUCUGAUUUUAUUUAUUUAUUUAUUUGAUGAUGAUCCUAGGCUUAAGCCUUUUAUCUGAAUUUAAACUUAAAAAUUAACAUCGAUCAUAAUUUUAUGUAAAACACCUCUUAAUACUAUCUUUGAUUUGGUUUCUGGACAUAUUAAGAUUAAUUUCUUCUACAUGUGCAUUGUAAAGUGCCAUCAUCCUGUACAUUGGUUCGUUUCUCGCGUAAUUCUGUAUCCUGUUUAAAAGCUGGAAUGGCCUUACGCUGCGUAGACUACUGCGUCCUUCAUUGGGGGAUAUUUGCGAAAGCAUGUACGGCGAAUAAAAUCUUCCACUUGUCAAAUCCUUGAAAAAUAAUGCAUCGUUUGAUUUCCUGCGAUUUUCUAGCGAAUCCAAUCCGACCAGCAUGCACAGGGCUCGGUAAUCCGGCAUUUCAUCUUGCCAUCCAAGAUUCCUCAGAGCGUAUUUGAGGAAUUUCUUUUGAACUCUUUCCAAUCUGUUUACGUGGACAUUGUAGUAGGGUUGCCAAACAACACUGGCGUACUCGAUUGUAGUCCGAACUAAACCUACAUAAAUUGAGACGAUUGUGUAGGGGUCGUUCAACUCAUGGCAGACUCUACUAAUCAUUCCAAACAUAGAGUUAGCUUUGGCCACUACCUGCUCUAUAUGUUUCGUGAAAUUCAGUUCUUUGUCUAUCUCGACUCCAAGAUCCUUUACAGAGGUCUUUCUAGUGAUAAUCAAGCUGUUUUCAAGGCGAUAAUCAUACAUGAUAUUUGUUAGCUUCCGAGAAAACGAUAUAACACUGCAUUUUGAGGCGUUCAACUUCAAUCCAUAAGUUCUGCAACAGUCCGAAAAAUGGUGCAGUGCGUUUUGCAGAGUCGAGCAAUCCUUCAGGUUGCGAACAGGGAGAAACAUUUUCAAAUCAUCAGCGUAUAUCAGCACAAAAACAUCCUGCAGUACCUCGGGGAACUCGUUCAUAACAGUGAUGAAGAGAAGAGGUCCCAAGUGACUCCCUUGUGGCACACCACUGUUAACCGAGAAUGCACCGGAUCUGACAUUCCCCAGCUUUACAUAUUGAAUUCUUUCAAUUAAGUAUGAAUGUAUCCAUUUAAGGCAAGUAUUGGCAAUUCCAUUUUUGCUGAGCACGGAUAGCAGUGAAUUGAUAUCGAUCACAUCAAAUGCUUUUGACAUAUCAGUAUAAAUAGCGUCGACUUGCAAUCCUUGCAUCAUCCAUAUCGAAAUUCUUGAUACAAACUCCCCGAGAUUUGUUAUGGUUGAUCGUUUUUUAAGAAAACCGUGUUGAACUUGCGACAUUUUUCUUUCUAACCAUGGAUACAUUUGGUCGUACACAAUACUUUCGAAAAGCUUCGGUAUGGCAGAGAGAAUUGCAACUCCUCGAUAAUUUUCGACAGAGAGCUUGGAAGAGCUUUUAUGGAUCGGCACAAUAUGCGAGAUCUUCCAAAACUUUGAAAAUAUUCCUUCUUGGAGUGAGUCAGAAAACAGGCGAUGUAAGGGUUCUAGAAGUCCAUUGACACACUUUUUAAUGAGCGAAUUCGGUAUCCCGUCAGGACCACUGCCUUUGGAUUCGUCGAGCAUUAAAAUUUUCCUUCUUAUAUCUGUUAUUGAUACUGUUAGCUCAUGAAAAACUUCAUCCGGAAAAACAUAUGUUUGUUCAGUUUGAAUAUUAUUCGAGCAGUAUACAUUUCGAAAAUAUUCGGCGAAUAGUUCUGAAGCCUCUUUCAAAUUAUCUGCUUUUUUAGUUUUAUACGAUACAUUUGUUGGUAUUAAAUUUGAUUUACGCUUGGAGUUAACUGAUUUUUGAGCACAUAAUUCUCAGUUCUGUAUUAAGAGAAUUUUCCGAAGUUCUAAAAACUGGGUUCAGAACUCAGAGUUCUGUAUUCUGGGAUCUGAAUUAUAAGUUCUGAAUAUUACUUUCUGAACACGAAGUUCUGAGUGCUGAUUCCUGGGUUCUAAAUUCUGAGUCGUGAGUUCUGAAUCAAGAGUUCUUAAUUCUUAAUUUUGAAUCAUGAAUUUUGAAUCCUAAAUUCUAAGUUCCAAAUUCUGAGUUCUGAGCUCUGAAUUCUGAAAUAUUUGUUCUGGGCUUUGAAUUCUUAUUAUGAACUCAGAGUUCUGGAUUCAGUGUUAUGAAUUCUGAGUUCUGAAUACUGAGCUCUGAGUUCUGAAUUGUUUUCAGUUCUGAAUCUAUGAUUCGAUGGAGACGAUUUUCGAUCACCGCUUAUUGUUAUUAUCGAUUUUGGCUGAUAUUUUUCGGUGAAAAUUAAGUCAAAUCCCAACAACUUCUUUACGUUUCGGCUUACUAUUUUGUUUCGGCUAUCUUCAGAAAACUGUGGUUCUACAUUCUACUGAGUGAAUUUUGAAUUCUGAGUUCUUAGAUCUGAAUUCAGACUUCGAAAUUCUUAGUUCUGAAUUCAGAGUUCUGAGAUCUGAUUUUAAUUACUGAAAUCUGACCAGCGAAUACUUUGUUCCUAGUUGUAUUCAGUUCGGAAUAUUCAGUUCUUGAUUUUACUUCCUGAAUCCUGAGUUCUGAGUUCUUAGUUCUGAGAUCUGAAUUCUGAAUUAUGAAUUCUGAAUUCAGACUUCGAAAUUCUUAGUUCUGAGCUCUGAGUUCUGAAUUCUGAACAUUGAAUCUUUAUGAAUUUCGAAUAAUGAGUUUUGAGUUCUGAAUUCACAGUUUCAAAUCCUGAGCUCUGAAUUCUGAAUUCUGAACACUGAAUCUUUAUGAUUUCGGAAUAAUGAGUUCUGAAUUUUGAAUUCUCAGUUCUAAAUCAUGAGCUCUGAAUUUUGAUUUCUGAAAUCUGACCUGUGAAUUGUGAGUUCUUAGUUGUAUUCAGUUCGGAAUUUUUAGUUCUUAAUUUUACUUUUGAGUUCUAAACACUGAAUUCAGAGAUCUGAAUUCAGAGUUAGAAAUUCUUAGUUCUGAUUUCAGAGUUCUUGGCUCUGAGUUCUGAAUCUUCAUGAAUUCCGAAUAAUGAGUUCUGAGUUCUAAAUUCUCGGUUCUUAACCCUGAGUUCUGAAUUUUGAUAUCUGAAAUCUGAGCUGCGAUUUCUGAAUACUCAGUUGUAUUCAGUUCGGAAUUUUGAGUUCCUAACUUUACUCUGUGAAUCCUGAGUUCUGAAUUCUUAGUUCUGAGUUCUAAGUUUCGAAUUUUUAGAUUUGAACUCUGACUUAUGAGUUCUGAAUUCAGGCUUCGAAACUCUUAGUUCUAAAUUCAGAGAUUUGAGCUCUGAGUUCUGAAUUCUGUACACUGAAUUUUUAUGAAUUCCGAAUAAUGAGUUCUGAAUUCUCAGUUUCAAAUCCUGAGCUCUGAAUUUUGUUUCCUGAAAUCUGAGCUGCGAAUUCUGAAUUCUAGUUGUAUUCAGUUCGGAAUUUUGAUUUCCUAAUUUUACCUUGUUGAUCUUGAGUUCUAAAUUCUUAUUUUUGAGUUCUAAGUUCUGAAUUUUGAGUUCCGAACAACGAGUUCUGAGUUCUGAAUUCUGACUUAUGAGUUCUGAAUUCAGACUUCGAAAUUCUUAGUUGUGAAUUCAGAGCUCUGAGCUCUGAGUUCUGAAUUCUGAACACUGAAUCUUUAUGAAUUCUGAAUAAUGAGUUCUGAGUUCUGAAUUCUCAGUUCUAAAUCUUGAGCUCUUAAUUUUGAUUUCUGAAAUCUGACCAACGCAUUCUACGUUCCUAGUUGUACUCAGUUUGGAGUUUUGAGUUCUUUAUUUCACUUUGUGAAUCCUGAGUUCUGAAUUUUUAUUUAUGAGUUCUAAGUUCUCAAUUUGGAGUUCCGAACACUGAAUUCUGAGUUUUGAAUUCUGACUUAUGAGUUCUGAAUUAAGACUUUGAAAUUCUUAGUUCUGAACUCUUAAUUCUGAGUUCUAUGCUCUGAGUUUCUGGAUUCAGAACACUGAAUCUUUAUAAAUUCCGAAUAAUGAUUCUGAAUUAUGAAUUCUCAGUUCUAAAUCCUGAGCUUUGAAUUUUGAAUUCUGAAAUCUGAAUUGCGAAUUCCUAAUUCUAAGUUGUAUUCAGUUCGGAGUUUUGAGUUCUUAAUUUUACUUUAGGAUUAAGGAUUCACCCUGAGUUCUGAAUUCUUAGUUAUGAGUUCUAUGCUCUGAAUUUUGAGCUCUGAACACUGAAUUCUGAGUUCUGAAUUCUGACUUAUGAGUUCUGAACUUCGAAAUUCUUAGUUCUGAAUUCAGAGUUCUGAGCUCUGAGCUCUGAGUUCUGAAUUCUGAAUAUUGAAUCUUUAUGAAUUCUGAAUAAUGAGUUCUGAGUUCUGAAUUCUCAGUUUCAAAUCCUGAGCUCUGAAUUUUUAUUCCUGGAAUCUAAAGUGGGAAUUCAGAUUUCCUAGUUGUAUACAUUUCGGAAUUUUGAGUUCUUAAUUUUACUUUGUGAAUCCUGAGUUCUGAAUUCUUAUUUCUGAGUUCUAAGUUCUGAAUUUUGAGUUUUGAACACUGAAUUCUGAGUUCUGAAUUCGGACUUAUGAGUUCUGAAUUAAGACUUCGAAAUUCUUAGAACUGAAUUCAGAGUUCUGAGCUCUGAGUUCAAUGCUCUGAGCUCUGAAUUCUGUACACAGAAUCUUUAUGAAUUCCGAAUAAUGAGUUUUGAGGUCUGAAUUCCAGUUCUCAAUCCUGAGCUCUGAAUUUUGAUUUCUGAAAUCUGAACUGCGAAUUCUGAAUUUUAUUCAGUUCGGAAUUUCGAGUUCUUAAUUUUAUUUUGUGAAUCCUGAAUCCUGAGUUCUGAAUUCUAAGUUCUGAAUUUCGAGCUCUGAACACUGAGUUCUGAGUUCUGAAUUCUGACUUAUGAGUUCUGAAUUCAGACUUCGAAAUUCUUAGUUCUGAACUCAGAGUUCUGGGCUCUGAAUUCUGAAUAUUGAAUCUUUAUGAAUUCCGAAUAAUGAGUUCUGAGUUCUGAAUUCUCAGUUCUCAAUCCUGGGCUCUAAAUUUUGAUUUCUGAAACUUGAGCUGCGAAUACUGAGUUCUUAGUUGAAUUCAGUUCGAAAUUUUGAGAUCUUAAUUUUACUUUGUGAAUCCUGAGUGCUGAAUUUUUAGUUCUGAGUUCUUAGCUCUGAAUUUUGAGCUCUGAACACUGAAUUCUGAGUUCUGAAUUCUGACUUAUGAGUUCUGAAUCCUCAGUUCUUUACUCUGUCUGACUUUCAAAUUCCUAAUUCAAAAUUCUGCGUUCCGUACCUAUCCUAAUUUUAAAUCUUAGUUCCUUAUUCUGAAUCUGAAUCCUGAAAUAAUUCUAAUACCUGCAAUUGAUUCUAAAUCUUUAUUCUAAAUCUGAAUUUCAAUCUGAAUCUGAAAUUAAUAUUCGAUUGUCAUUAUAUCAAAAACUAUAUUUUGAAUCUCAUUGUAUUGAUUGUGGCCAAAUGAUAUGUAUUCGAAAUUGUGAAAAAAAAUGAAAUGAAAUGAAAUUAAAAUUUUGUUGAAUUAAAUAUUGAGUUUUUUUUAAGGCCGAUCCUUUCUUGGUGGUUGACACUUAUUGAAUCUUGUAGCCAAAAUUUGUACCUUCUUCAUUCCUAGCAUCUAAGUCUCAGUAAAAUUAGAGAGAAAAACAAAACAAAUUAGCAAAAUCAAAAAAAUGAUCAGCCCUAGAAUGUAGUGUAUCAGUAGGAAAAAAUCCUAGCGUUGAAAAACGAAAAAGUUUAAGCAUGUUUAGAAACAGAAACAACAAGAACAAAGAUGAUGACACAAUUGGGGGGCGAUUUGCUUAUUUUUCUUGUGUAAAUGGAAAACAAAACAAAAAGUAAACAUGUCUAGUUGAUAAGCGUUUUUGCCUAUUAGAGAAGAGAUAUUUUUUUUAUUUACUGCGCGAAAACAAAAACGGAACAGCAGUCACUUAACAAAUGGAAAAAAAAUGAUCGUAACAAAAAUAUUUAUAUUGACAGUAGAGUAUAAAUUAGGAAAAUAAAACUAUCUUGUGUAGGGAAG